AUCGUUCAUCCCAGGUUUCAUUGACAUAUCAAUUCAAUUGUCAUACUCCAUGAUCCAAUCAGAUUCAAGUCAAGCGGUUGUUGAAUGUUUGUGUUGUGGGUUAUCGUGUCGUGAAUAAAGUUGGGCGUAACUUUACUACUUUACUAGUGUUAACUUGAGUGUAACUUAUAGUUUGUGUGUUCUGUGUUCAUUUAGUGAUUCAGUGGAAAAGUGCGGGUGUGUAGUGCUAAGCAUGGGUGAAUUUGUUGAUUUUAUAGAUACAUACAGAAAGUUCUUCGAAAGGUUUACAUCUACAGUUGACCCAAGCGAUCAGCUUCCAGUCAAAGUUGCAGGUUAUAAUUUAGUUGAGUGUGAAAUACCUGGGGCUAUUGGUGAUUGGAGUCUGCAGUAUUUGGAACAAAGGAAAUGUCCUCCAUUUCUGAUUGCUCAUCUCAUCCGCAAAGUUAUAGAAGAAGUCAGGGCUUUGAGUAAAGUCGAUCCGAUCAGUUGCGGCUUCAGAGCAGAAGUUGGAGACUAUCUGUCACUGAAACUGAUGCAAAUAUGUAUCACCAAACUGGUAGAGGUGUGUGCUCGCUACAGAGACAACGCAGAAUUGUCCACUCUCCCCCCACCUCACCCUCUCCUACCAGUCACCUCCUGCGCCAUCAAGAACUCUCGGAGGUCGAUGGAGGAUAGGCAUGUAGUCAUACACGACUUCCACACACUUUUCAAUAUCAAGGGUUGGGGUCCUGCCAGCUACUAUGGGGUGUUGGAUGGCCACAACGGUGUAGACGCAGCCAUAUACAGUGUUUCACAUCUACAUCAGUACCUAGCAGAGAGUCCACACUAUCCGGCCAAUCCUGUCAAAGCACUGCACGACGCUUGCUGCAGAACCGACAACAUGUUCACCAUCAAGGCUGAGAGAGAGAAUCUCCACGGAGGUACAACAGCUGUGGUUGCUCUGCUGAGACACAAGGAAGGCAAGCUGUACGUCGCUUGGCUGGGCGACUCUCAGGCAGUGUUGGUGAGGAAUGGUCGACCUCUGGAGAUAGUGCGACCACACAAACCUGACAGACCUGAUGAAAAAGACAGGAUAGAAGGCAUGGGAGGAACAGUAUUGUAUUGGGGCACCUGGAGAGUCAACGGCCAGCUAGCAGUAUCCAGAGCUAUAGGGGAUGUAGAGUACAAACCAUAUGUUACUGCUGAACCUGACAUUGAGGAAAUAACUCUGGACGGCUCUGAAGACUUCUUGAUCCUGGGCUGCGAUGGACUGUGGGAUUUUGUCUCGGAACAACAAGCAACUGACGCUGUCUUCGCACAAUUAAGGGAUAAUCCAGAGGACCUAGAGGCGGUGUCUGAACGGCUGGUGGCCUUGUCCAAGAAGCAGAGCUCGACAGACAACAUCUCAGUGGUGGUCGUGUUCCUGACCGAUCCAGCGGAGCUCGCCAAGCGGCCGCCCAUGGAGACCCCCAUCAACCCCUUCAACGGGGAGAUGUUCAAUGGGCAGCACCACCGCGCCCCUGCCCCCGGACCCGGCCACUACGACGACGAAGACUUCGGCCCGGAGACAGAUGUCGACAUGGUGGACGACGUACUGCUGUCUCCGGCCAUCGCUGCGGCCAAGGCCCUCGUACACGGGCACGACGAUGACUUCGAACGACAGAGGCAGCAGAGCAAGGAGUUUGACGAUCCGGUCGACGUGGACAGAAGUAGGGACACUCCCACCCCGCCUGCCCAUGAAGUGGCGAGGGAUGCUAGUGGAGACAACCUAGCAGAGAGUGGAGGGGAGGAGAGUGAAGAAGAGUGGAACUACAUCCCUGGAGAAGACACAGACAACCAGGCCUCUGCUUUGUCUAAGCAGGAAGAGGAAGACAUGAACUCUCAACUGAAUCCAGACGCAGCUGAGUUUGUUCCCGUUUCUCCCAAGCGGCUCAUAGACGCCCCAUCAUCGCCAAUCCUCGCCUCGUCUCCGGCACGCGGCUUCGAGAAGACUCUGGACAACGUACCGUUGCCACCAGAGUUUGAGUUCAAUAGUGAAAUCUCCCAGAGGCCCAGUAGCCUUGGAUGUCCUAAUGGGCCAAGUCUUGGAGAAAAUUGUUUAGACAACUUUUCAGUCCUUCUGGACAAGAUCGAAGAAGUCAACCCUCUGCCAAUAAGCUCUGAACUGGCAAGCGAAACCAUUGUAAAUUUUGGAGAUAACAUUCAGGAGAGCGCUCCAUUUGACAAAUUUGCUGCUCUGCAAAAAAUGGAAGAGAAAGUUUCAUCGGCAGUUCUGGAAAAAGCUAACAUUUUCGGUAUGAACAAUGAUUUCAGCAAUAAUGCCUUUGAAUCUACAAACAUCUUCAGCAAUCGCGACCCAAUGACUGCUUCUUUCAUGGGAAAUGACCUUCCAUUGUCUGCGGAUGCAGAAGAGUUUCAAGUUCCUGGAACACCAAGGUCCACGACUGUUGAAGCUCCAACUUCUCCGACCACUGAUGAGAUUCCUUCAAAAAUACAUCAAACCGACCUAGAUUCUCCUGCAGAUGACUUCGUCAUUGAUACACAAAAGUCACCUGAUCUCAUUUCACCUGGAGAUGGACCUCAAGAAGGGUUGAUUUCUGCACAAGAGAGGACUAGCUCGUCUGGAUUUGAAUCUGAAAGUGGAGCUGACGACGUAGUCAACAGUGAAGGAUUUGUUAAUGAACACCGAAGAUCCCCAACAGACAUGAGCUUCAAACCGAUUGAAACUGUCAGUAACACAAAUCCCUUUUUUAACCCUGAUUCUUCCCAACAGUUUGAGGUACCUGUAGAUACACCGCUCGAAACCCCUAAAAAAGAUGUUGAAGCAGAGAAACAUGGCGAUGAAUUUGAUUUUAUGCAGAACAUCCCAUCAUCUUUUGUCUCUCCUCGGUGCGAUUCAGAUUCUGCUAAUAUUGUUCCAUUCGAUCAACUUGAAUCUCCAAAAGAUAUCCCCAAUUUUACCCCAGCUCCAAAUGCAGACAGUUCCUUUUUGGCAACAGAACUACCAAAGACACCGGAAAUUCCAAGUGUAUUUGAAAACAUAUCUCCCGCUACAUCAGAAACGACCAAUUACAAAACAAACGUCAAUGAUAUCACACAGAACCUAUUCUCUGAUUUAUCAAACCCUGGAUCAGAAGAAACAAGUUUUGCCUUGGCGAAACCAUUAUCAGAUAGUGACUUUGAAGGGUUUUUGGCCACUGAAUCUAAAAUCACUCAGGAUGAGCAGGAGUGUGAACAAAGUUCCAAACUGGACAAGGAACUGAACAUAAGUAGUGACCUUGUUGAAGACAACUCUGCAGUUAUCAGUCCUAUCAGUCCAAAAGCAGUCGAUCAAGUACUUGCAGCAUUUGAUGACAUCAAACUUGAUGGAAAAGAAAUUGAAUCCACACAUGAGUUGCUAGAACCAAGCAAAGAGUUUAACACUGAUGUUGAAACUAAGGAGAUGGAAUUAGAAUUAGAAUCUCGCAUCACCAAUUCUCAAACAACACCAGAAGAAUUAAAUAAUGUAGAUGAAGGGUUUGAAGUCAUAAACAAAGAUGAACUGACCCAACCACAAGAGAUUAUUACUCCUACUGAGCAGAAUGCUGAGAGACAAGAGCUCCCAGUUGACCUACAAAACAAUUCAAAUGACUUUUUCAGCACAGUCGACCAGUUCAAUUCUGCACUCGAUGAAAAUGUCAUUCAAUCACAAAACGUUCAUGAGCUUUCUUCACCUCUGGAACCCCAUCCUCAGAUUGUUGAAACCGAAGCUACAAAGACUGUCUCUUACCAAACACUCACACCAGCAAACGAACCUCAAAUCACUAAAUCUGAGAGCUAUGUAACAGGAGAAGAGGAAAUGGCUAAAGAUUCUGUUUUAGAUGUAUUUGCACCAGAAGUAUCAGCACUUACAGAAAGUGCACCUCCUACCGAGGAAAAAGAGGUGAUUGAAAAAGAUGAAGCAACUGCUGUCGAGUCAGAAUUGCCGAUUAUUGUAGAACCAGCUGUGAAAAGCGAGCCAGUUCAGAGCACGGUUGUGACAGAAACCCUGAUCACGAAUUUGGAAGAGACGAGCGAAGUUCCAACAACGGAAGUGCCAUCAUCAGCCGGAACACCUCCCCCCACUCCUGCCCCGGAACUGGACGACAGUAAGGAGGCUCAGGACACACCAAAAACUGAUAUUUUGGUAGCUGCUGUGGCUGCUGCAGGAGCAGUAGCUGCUGGAAGUGCCAUUGUUGCUGAGAAGGUGGCUAACAAGACAAAAGAAGUAACUUCUAAGAAACCAGCUGUUGGUGCCAAGAAACCAGAUACAACAGCUAAAUCUCAAGUGAAAUCAGCCACGGCAAAAGCUGCUCCUCCAGCCAAAUCAGCAGGGAUGAAAACGACAACGGCGACAACAAAAACGACUGCUGCUGGUCCUAAACCAGCAGCAAGCAAACUAGCCCCGGCCAAACCAUCUGCUCCUAGCACCAUGGCCAAGAAACCAACCACUGCUUCUGCCCCUAAACCACCUGCAACCAAGCCAACCUCAUCCAUUUCUUCAAAACCCACGACAACCACUUUGAAACAAGUUCCAAAACAACUACCUAUAAAUAAAUCAACUUCAUCCACUCUCUCGACAAGGUCUACGAGCAAGCCUUCAACUCCAAACAGCAAACCUACAACACCGACUACUCUCAAGGCUCCAUCGGUUAAGUCCGAUGCUACAAAAUCACCUGCAAGGCCAGGAGUGAAAUCUCCUCUCACCAACAAAACAUUGGCUGCUAAACCUGCAACAGAUAAAGUAGCUGAGAAAAAGCCUUUGACGAAUGGUGAUCAUAAACCACUCCCAAGAAAAACUGAAGUUCCUAAGAAACCCACUACUACUACCCUGACAAAACCUCCAGUGACCAAACCUGCCCCGACCUCAAAACCCUUGGCUCCCACUAGAACAGCAACAAAUAAACUUUCACCAGCAACCACUGCUAAGCCUAAACCACCAUCAGCCACGGCUCCCAAACCCGCUCCUCUCGCUGCCAAAAGGCCAAGCACUGCACCAGCGGGAAGAACAAUGAAUGGUGUUAAGCAGGUUACAAACACCAAACCUCUUCUUAACGGGAGAUCCACAACUGCAAAAACUGGUGUUGCAAAAAAGACUGACCCAAAGCAGAACGAAAAAUCCGAAAUCAAACCUCCUCCUAUCAAGAAGCCCGAAGAGUUGAAAAAGGAAGAAGAAAAACCGAUGCAGAUCCAAGAAGCCGAUGUCACUACAACGAACGGAUUUGCUGACCACGCUGAAUCUGUAAACGGUUUAAAAAUCGAAGAUUUAGCGCCUACGACGGUCGACACUGUGAAUUGAAAACUCCAAAAGUAGUGUUACUGCGAUAUAAAUUAAAAGUCUGAAUUAACUCCCCAUUCAUAUUUAUAAGCGAUUUGUAUGUAGUACGGUAAUUAUAAUGUUGAGUGUUAUGUAAACGGGAAAAAUCGACUAGAGCCUAAGCAAAGAAAGUGUAUUUAUUGGUGGACGCAUGUCCUGAUUUUGUUAAGGAUAUUAUUGCUAAGAUACUAUAGUUUUAUUUUGUACAUUAUUCAGAAUUUAAUAUGUUGUCUGUUGUUUAGUUCUGUUAGUGGUAAUUUUUAACUUAAUGUACGGACUGUGUGAAGACUGCAGUUCGGUUGACGUCUUUUGUAGGAGCCUUCAGACCACCGGCUUAACUCACUUAUAAAAUCCUGGACAGAUCUUGACUCAUCUUGUAAUAAAAACUUUCUAUUUUCAGCUUUUUAAAAGUUACUAGUCAAAAAUUCUAAAUGAACAAUUUGCACAAAGUGAACAUACUGAGUCAGGUCGUCCGCUUAGCAAGCAGAAUCACUAAGGAGAUGGAUACACUAUUAAUAUUAUAUGCUUUUAUCCUUAUAGCUUUUUAUAUUAAGUUAUUUUUCUAACAUAACAUUUCUCGGUUGUAGAAAAGUUGUAAAUAACAUUAUGUAUAUGCUGCAAUGAGCCGUUAGGUGCUAAAGCAUUUCUUUAUUUAAUUAUAGAAAUUGUUUUAAAGAUAAAUUAAUAUUUGCGAUAUUUCAAGUUUUAUUAAUGAACACUUUUUGAAUGUUUUGUGCCUAACAAUUUUAUAUAAAUUUUGUAAGAAUAAGUUUGCUGUAAUUUGCUGCAAUUUGUUAUCUAUAUUAUUAAUUUAAGAAUGUGUCUAAUAUUGGUAAUAACUUAAUGCAAUAUUAUUUUUAUUUAUUUAUAUAAAAUAUUUGAACCCUGUAACCUUUGAGAGUGAUAUAGCACAAACAUUUUUUAUACAUUAUAAACUUUAUGAAAUAAAAUUGU